AUGCGUAAGGCUCAGAGCUAGUAUCCGAUAAUCGCGCAUGCGCUCAGUGGACAACUGGCUGUGGCUGAAGCGCCGCAGCAGCCCCACGAUCCGUCCCGGGCUCCGGGGAGCUUUCGGCGCAUGAGGGAGGAACGUGGCGCUAUUUCUAUAGCGCAUGCGCAUGGUUGUGACCCUGAUGGUUAGACGGUCUCGCUCAGACAACGCACAUCAAAGUUGCUGGUGAACUCAGCAGGCCAGGCAGCAUCUCUAAGAAGAGGUUCAGUCGACGUUUCGGGCCGCGACCCUUCGUCAGGACUAACUGAAAGAAGAGCUAGAGAGGAAGACAUAUCUCAGUGAAAUCCACUGGAACUGGAGUGCCGAGAACACACCAGCAUUUGCUGAUCUGUUCUGUCUGUGGGAAGCGAUUCAUUCUGUCAUCCAAGCUGAUCAUACAACAGAAAUUUCACAGCAGUGAAAGGCUGUGCGGUGUUGGUCGGAAAAGACUAACACACUGAGCUGAUCGGCAGACUAUUCACUGAGUAAUCUGAUCUGCUGACACAUCCGCGAGUUCUCACAGCGGAGAGGCUGUUCACGUGUUCAGUCUGUGGGGGAAAAUGGUUCACUCUGUCAACCCACUGACAUACACUGGUCAGACUGGGGAGAGGCCAUACACCUGCUUAGCCUGUGGGAUGGGAUUCACUCGCUCAGCUGACUGAUUGGCACACGAGUCAGAUUACACCGAGGAGAUGUUGUUCACCUGCUUAGACUGUGGGAAGGGAUUCACUCGUUCAUCUCAAUUGAAGGUGCAUCAGCGAAUUCAUACUGGGGAGAGGCCAUUUACCUGCUCAAAUUGUGGAAAGAGAUUCACUCAGUUAUCUAACCUAUUGGCACACCAGCGGGUUCACACUGGGGAGAAGCCAUUCACCUGCUUACACUGUGGGAAGGCAUUCAGUCACUCAUCUCACCUGAAGGACCAUCAGCGAGUUCACACUGGGGAGAGACCGUUCAUCUGCUCAGACUGUGGGAAGGGAUUCACUCGAUCAUCUGACCUGAAGCAACAUCUGCGGGUUCACACUGGAGAGAGACCGUUCACCUGCUCUGAAUGUGGGAAGGGAUUUUCUCAGUCAUGCAACCUUGUGACACACUAUCAAGUUCACACUGCAGAGAGGCCGUUCACAUGCUCUGAAUGUGGGAAAGGAUUCACGCAGUCAUCUCAAUUGAAGGUACACCAGCGAGUUCACACUGGGGAGAAACCAUUCACCUGCUCAGACUGUGAGAAGGGAUUCACUCAGUUAUCUAACUUACUGGCACACCAGCGAGUUCACACUAGGGAGAAACCAUUCACCUGCUCAGACUGUGGGAAGGGAUUCACUCAGUUAUCAAAUUUACUGGCACACAAGCGUGUUCACAUGCGGGAGAAACCAUUUACCUGCUCAGACUGUGGGAAGGGAUUCACUCAGUUAUCUAACUUACUGGCACACCAGCAAGUUCACACUGGGGAGAAUAUAUUCACCUGCUCACAUUGUGGGAAGGGAUUCACUCACUCAUCUCACCUGAGGGAACAUCAGCAAGUGCACACUGGGGAGAUGCUGUUCCCCUGCUCUCAAUGUGGGAAAGGAUUCAGUCAUUUAUCACAAUUGAAGGUACAUCAGCGAGUUCACACUGGGGAGAGACCAUUCACAUGCUCACAUUGUGGGAAGGGAUUCAGUCGAUCAUCUGACCUGAAGGAACAUCUACGAGUUCACACUGGGGAGAGGCCAUUCACCUGCUCAGACUGUAGGAAGGGAUUCAGUCGAUCAUCUGACCUGAAGGAACAUCUGCGAGUUCACACUGGAGAGAGGCCGUUCACCUGCUCUGAAUGUGGGAAGGGAUUUUCUCAGUCAAGCAACCUUGUGGCACACUAUCAAGUUCACACUGCGGAGAGGCCGUUCACCUGCUCUGAAUGUGGGAAGGGGUUCAAUCAUUCAUCCAAUCUUCGGAAGCACUACGGAGUUCACACUGGGGAGAAAGUUUAAAUAGUUGUAAGCUGGAUUAUUUAACCAUCAUAGUUAACAAAUCCAAAGGCAAGUUCACAAGUGACAGUUGUCAAAUUCUGCAGUUAUUGCUGCUGCUAACCACACCCAGUUCCGGACCCUGGUUGCUGGACCUGGGAGGAGUUUCUAUUGCUGAUGUUCUCAUUCAGUGGGCCUGGAGUUCAAUAUUAUGGAUUUGUGGCAAAUAAAUUU